AUGGCGUCCCCGUUGCGCUCUCGGCUCCUGCGUCCGACAGUCUCCAAAUGUCUCCAGCAUCUCUCGCGACGACAUCAAUCCACUCGACCCUCUUUCCUCCGACGCAACCGCGCCAACAUCAUAUGGAGUACCAUCUCCUUCGCCUUUGGCCUGGGAACCGUCCAAUUCGGCCUGCACAUGCUCGCUCCCCCAGCCUUACCAGCACCCGGCUCUCACGAAGACAAAGUUCUCGUCGCAGACCUGAACAAGAGAAUAGACGAGGAAUUCAAGGUGAAGGUCUUGAGAGGGAAGUGCCUCGGGGUCACCAAGACUCUGAAGGGAGAAGAAGCCGGCUGGGUCGAAAUCAUACCAAUGCAAGCCGAACAAGGAGAGAAGCGCCAAGACAGAUUACUGGAUCUUCUUCAGGGAGCGAAAGGGCUUGGAGUCGAGAGAGUCUUUUACAACAGGAGCGAUCACCAACUCGUAGCAAUCGUCUACUUCGGUCCCGACCUUUCCGGCUGGCCCGGCGUCACCCACGGCGGCUUACUGGCCACCGCCCUCGACGACAAAAUCUCCUUGGCCAACUACCUAUCCACGACUUCGGACUUGUCCACUCUGGCCGCGGCCGCUCCCCAAAGACUACCAGGCACGGGCGACCACGCAAAACUCCCCUUACCCUCAACCCCCAUCCCCAAAGAACCCGCACAAUUGUCAGUCGACUACAAAAAGCCCACACACGCCAACGAUUUCUACGUCAUCCGCGUGUCACCCGCAUACCCGGGGGGUGAAGAUGUCCGGAUCCCGAUCCAAGGACACGAAUAUACCGCUACACUGGAGAGAUUGGAUGCCACCAUCUGCGUCCGGGCGACUGCCAAAUUCGCGCCGCGGAGUCAGGCUGAAAGGGUGAAAGACAAGGUCGGUGAGAAGUUCGGUGGUGGCAAGGGAUGGAGCUAUGCCGAUUUCAAGGAGUGGAUGUGGCCUAGUCGACAGAAGGAAUCGCAGAUCGGAUGA